AGUCAGGCACACUACCGAGGACUGCUCAUUCCUUCCCUACAUUAAUUCAACAUGUACAAUCAAACAGAAAAUUCAUACUACGAUGCGCACUUUGCAGCAUACAAGUCGGGUGGGGCGGGCGAUACGGAAAUGCUGGGCGCGGGGCUGACGGGAGAAGACCUGGCCAUGGUGCCCGAGCACUGGCUGUCGUUUCCUGCGCCCCCGGCCAGCGCUCACACUGCGCUAGCAUUGCUCUACAUAUUCUUUACUGCAGCAGCGCUAGUCGGGAAUGGACUAGUUAUUUUCAUAUUUUCAACAACUAAAAGCUUAAGGACCUCAAGUAAUCUUCUAAUCCUACAAUUAGCAAUUUUAGACUUUAUUAUGAUGGCGAAAGCUCCAAUAUUUAUAUACAAUAGUGCAAUGCGUGGUUUUGCUACUGGCACCUUCGGUUGUCAGCUAUUCGCGUUGAUGGGCGCGUAUAGUGGUAUUGGUGCAGGUAUGACAAAUGCUUGCAUCGCUUACGACAGGCAUUCAACAAUCACUCGGCCCUUGGACGGACGUCUGUCCCGAGGCAAGGUUCUGCUAAUGAUCGCGUUUGUUUGGAUAUACAGUACGCCGUGGGCUCUGCUGCCACUCUUCAAAAUCUGGGGCCGAUAUGUUCCUGAGGGUUAUUUGACAUCAUGCACUUUUGAUUACUUGACGAACACUUUUGACACCAAGCUAUUCGUGGCUUGCAUUUUUGCCUGCAGCUACGUUUUCCCCAUGUCGAUGAUUAUAUACUUUUACAGUGGAAUCGUUAAACAGGUGUUUGCACAUGAAGCCGCUUUAAGGGAACAAGCUAAGAAAAUGAACGUGGAAUCACUUCGAGCUAACCAGAAUGCAGGUGCAGAAUCAGCUGAAAUCCGAAUAGCUAAAGCAGCGCUCACCGUGUGCUUCUUAUUCGUAGCGUCGUGGACACCAUAUGGCGUUAUGGCGCUCAUAGGUGCUUUUGGAAACCAACAACUAUUGACACCUGGGGUUACAAUGAUUCCAGCGGUCGCCUGUAAAGCUGUUGCUUGCAUCGAUCCAUGGGUGUACGCUAUUAGUCAUCCGAAAUACAGGCAAGAACUACAACGUCGCAUGCCAUGGUUACAAAUUCAGGAGCCUGACGAUACAGCCUCAACAGCUACCAGCAACACAGUAUCUAGCGCUCCAGCCGCAGCACCCGCCUAAACACUGCAUACAUUUCCUAAAUGUUAAAAUUUAAGCUCAAAAUGGCCUAAAGUUAAAAUGGCCACCACUUGGCAAAAAGUCUAGGCUUAGGACAUUUCAGGUUGGCUAAAUGUUACUUCACAGGAUUAUUCCAUCAUCAUGAUAGACAUAAUACUUUGUUGUACCUACCUACCUAUAAAUAGUUUAGCCGUUAUAGGUCUUUUCCCUUAGAUUAGCAAUUCCACAUAAUACGAGUACUAUUUUAUACAUACGACGACUACGGCAAGUUUAAAGGACUGAAUUUUUAAUAUUUAAUACUUACAAUAGUAUUACUAUCAAUAUUAUGUGUAAAUGUUUAUGAUA